CUAACAAAAAUUUGUGGAAGGAUAUGAGCUUUUAUGAAUCACUGCUCUCUUCUUCAGAUAGAAAAUAGCACGAGUCCAGUAGUACCAAUAAAACUAACAAAAUUUGUGGUAAGAUAUUUUCGUGAGUCAAAGCUCACUUCUUCAGAUACCAGUAGAAAAGAGCAGUAGCACCUAUAAGACUAACAAAAUUUGUGGUAGGGAUCUUGAGCUUUCGUGAGUUACUGUUCAUUUCUUCAGACAGAAAAGAGCAGGAGUCCAGUAGCAACGAUAAGACUUAACAGCAUUUGUGGUAGGGUAGGAGCUUUCGUGGCUCACAGCUCACUUCUUCAAAUGGCACCUAAGCCCCCAGUGCUCUCCCAUCCCCCCAAAGGGGAACGAACGGGGGUUGCCAACCUCCAGGAGGCGCCUAAAGAUCUCGUCCAGUAGAAAGGGGGCCAUAAAAUGCAUUCCCAAAGGAAAAAGUGGCGCCCUUCCCUCGAGUCUCGCGGGUCUCCGCGCCAGCCGCACUCCUCCUCAUUCCCCGCCGCCGCCCGUUCUCCGUGCCGCUCCCUCACGACGGCCCUCCGCGCAAGGCCGCGGCCGCCCCUUCCUUCUCUCACAUGACCGAGGCGGCCCGGCCUUCCCCCCGCCUGGCCUGGCUCUGAGGGCGGCGAGAAGGCAGCGGGAGCGCCGCGCUCCGCUCGCUCGUUCUCUCGGCCGGCCAUGGCGGCCCACCUGAGCUCGGGACGGGUCAACCUGACGACGCUGCGGGAGGCCGGCCGGAGGGAGCUGCGCGAGUUCCUCGACAAGUGCGCCGGAUCGAAGGCCAUAGUAUGGGACGAGUAUCUAACGGGGCCAUUUGGAUUGAUUGCGCAAUAUUCCCUUUUAAAGGAACAUGAAGUGGAGAAAAUGUUUACCUUGAAACCAGGCCGCCUCCCCCCUGCUGAUGUCAAGAAUAUCAUUUUCUUCGUCCGACCGAGGCUAGAGCUAAUGGACAUAAUUGCUGACAAUGUGCUCAGUGAAGACAGAAUCCGUUCUCCGCAAAGGGAUUUCCACAUCCUGUUUGUGCCACGUCGCAGCUUGUUGUGUGAGCAGCGGCUGAAAGAUCAGGGCAUUCUGGGUGCCUUCAUUCAUAGAGAGGAGUACAGCCUGGACCUUAUUCCAUUUGACGGAGACCUGUUGUCCAUGGAGUCUGAAAGUGCCUUUAAAGAAUGUUACCUGGAAAAUGACCAGACGAGCCUCUAUCAUGCAGCAAAAGGUCUCAUGACCCUACAGGCGCUCUAUGGAACCAUCCCACAGAUCUUUGGGAAGGGGGAAUGUGCACGGCAUGUGGCAAAUAUGAUGAUCAGGAUGAAGCGAGAAUUCUCUGGAAGCCAGAAUCCAGUAUUUCCAGUCUUUGAUACUUUGCUGCUGCUUGACCGCAAUGUGGACUCGAUGACUCCUCUGGCCACGCAGCUGACAUACGAAGGGCUUAUUGAUGAAAUAUAUGGCAUUCAAAAUACAUAUGUGAAACUCCCACCUGAAAAGUUUGCUCCCAAGAAGCAGGGGGAGGGCGGCAAGGACCUCCCUACGGAGCCUAAGAAGCUGCAGUUGAAUUCUGCUGAGGAGCUCUAUGCAGAAAUCCGAGACAAGAACUUCAAUGCUGUCGGCUCUGUGCUGAGCAAAAGGGCCAAAAUUAUCUCCGCAGCAUUUGAGGAGAGGCAUCACGCUAAAACAGUUGGAGAGAUCAAACAGUUUGUCUCGCAGCUGCCACACAUGCAAGCUGCAAGAAGCUCUUUAGCAAAUCACACUUCCAUUGCAGAGCUCAUCAAAGACAUCACUACUUCCGAAGACUUCUUUGAUAAUUUAACAGUGGAACAAGAGUUUAUGUCAGGCGUAGACACUGACAAAGUCAACAGUUACGUUGAAGACUGUAUUGCCCAAAAGCAUCCCCUGAUCAAGAUAUUAAGGCUUGUUUGUCUGCAGUCAGUAUGCAAUAGUGGGCUGAAACAGAAGGUCCUGGAUUAUUACAAGAGAGAGAUUCUGCAGACUUACGGCUAUGAGCAUAUUCUGACCUUAAAUAAUCUAGAAAAGGCUGGGCUCUUAAAGCCUCAGACAAGCGGAAGAAACAACUACCCAACAAUUCGGAAAACUUUACGUCUGUGGAUGGAUGAUGUCAAUGAACAGAAUCCUCAUGAUAUUUCCUAUGUAUACAGUGGCUAUGCUCCUCUAAGUGUACGCCUGGCACAACUGCUUGCCCGGCCAGGGUGGCGAAGCAUAGAAGAAGUCUUAAAGAUGCUUCCAGGACCUCACUUUGAAGAACGGCAGCAGUUGCCUACAGGGCUUCAAAAGAAGCGUCAGCAUGGAGAAAACAAAGUCACUCUGGUAUUUUUUCUGGGUGGUGUAACGUAUGCCGAAAUUGCAGCACUCCGGUUUCUGUCCCAGAUGGAAGAUGGAGGCACAGAAUAUGUCAUCGCAGCAACUAAAUUAAUCAAUGGAACAAGCUGGAUGAAGUCUCUGAUGGAGAAGUUGGAGCCUCCACCUUUCUAGCACUAGAAAUCUGUACAAAAAUCACAGGGACUUUUCAGAGAGAGAGAGAGAGACGUUACGGUGUCUUCAAAAAGAAGCAGAGAAACGUACCGUAGAUGGAAAAUGACCUUUGGUAUUGCCACUGGGUGCCAUGCACGAGUCCUGCCAUUCUUUUCUCCAUGAAGUAGGACUUUGCUAGGAAUCGAUGCCUUUGAAAGAGAGACAGGGACAAGGACAUCAGUGCAAUCUUAGGCAGCGGUACAUCCUUCUAAGCCCAUUGUCUUCAUUAGACUUAGACGGGUGUAAGUCUGCUUAGGAAUGCGCUACAUAGAUUUCAGACUGACUUCUGAAAUACAGGUAAGGGAGAAAAUUGAACUUUUGAACGGGUCCUAACAGGCAUCUAUUAGCAACUUUCCUGGGCUAUCCUUAAUUUAUUUGUGUAUUAAGUAAAGUAUUGCAGUUUCUGUACGUCAUUUUGAGAGGGAGGGAGAUUCCACAAUCCCAUGUGUCUCAGGAAGUUUUUCCAGUUUCCCACCUCUUACUGUUGUUGCCUUAUUGCUCCAUGUUCUGUCCCUUGAUACCACGUUUACGCUUUUGCCCAAGAAAUGUUGCCAUCUUGGUAGAACGGUAUGCUGCUGUGUUCCCCCUUGGGCCCCCAAUGAAUUUGUCUCUCACUGUUGUGUGUGCCAGAAACAAAAGUUUCCUUACAGCAUGUUGUAAGAUACCUAAAUCACUCAUUUAAUGUCAAUAUUUCCUUAACAAGCUUCAGAGAUCCUGUUGUAAAAUUUACAAUAAAGAUCAUGGAAGAGAGUGAGAAGAUGAUGGAACAAUU